AUGGCCAACAGGAAAAUAAUCGCAGUAUUUGGAGCAACAGGGGCUCAGGGUGGCUCUGUGGCCAGGGCCAUUCUGGAGAACAAACACUUUGCAGUGAGAGCGCUGACCAGGAAUGUGACUCAGAAAAACGCCCUAGCGUUUCGGGACCUUGGCGCCGAGGUGGUCAGGUGCGACCUGGAUGACGCUGCGUCUGUGGAGGAGGCCUUAAAAGGGGCCCAUGGAGCCUUUGUGGUGACCAGCUUCUGGGACCACCUCAGCAAAGAGAAGGAAGUGUGUCAGGGGAAGCUGGUGGCAGAUAUCGCCAAGCGCCUGGGCCUGAAACACGUGGUGUACAGCGGUUUGGAGAACGUGGAUCGGUUGAGCGGGGGCAAGCUGAAGGUGCUGCACUUCGACGGGAAGGGGGAAGUGGAGGAGUAUUUCUGGUCCAUUGGCGUUCCCAUGACCAGCAUCCGCCUGGCAGCUUACUUUGAAAACUUCCUCACCAUGUGGAAGCCGGUGAAAAGCCCUGAUGGCUCCUACACCCUAGCACUGCCCAUGGGGGAUGUGCCAAUGGACGGGAUCUCCGUCGCCGACGUUGGAGCUGUUGUCUCUAGCAUUUUCGCUUCUCCAGAGGAGUUUGUCGGCAAGGCUAUGGGCCUCAGUGCAGAGGCCCUAACAAUACAGCAGUACGCUGACACUUUGUCCAGAAUUCUGGGGAAGGACAUCCGAGAUGCAAAGAUCACCCCAGAAGCUUAUGAGAAGCUGGGAUUCCCUGGAGCGGACGAAUUGGCCAACAUGUUUCGUUUCUAUCAUAUGAAGCCCAACCGUGACAUCAAGCUUACCCACCGUCUAAACCCCAAAACCAGAAGCUUCAGCCAGUUCAUCUCAGACAACCAGGGAGCCUUUAAAGACUUGUGAAGCGCCUCAGCUGUUGAGGUGGCAUGGCUUCCUGUCUCUCAGGUCAUGCUGUCCUUGCGACACAACACUCCCCUUUACAGAGCAGCUAGGCUGGGGAGGCAAAUAUCUGCACCACCCGAGGGUUCCCUCUGCCUUCUUUCUGGGGGAUACACUGCCCUGGGA